AAGAUGGUCUUCUCCUCCUCGUGUUGACUCGUCGAUUUCCGUUCACCAUCGGGGGAUCUGAGAAAUGGCGACUGCGUCUCUACGAAGCUGUGCGUCCUCGCUGUUGUUGUUCAGCAGAAGGUUGUUCAGCCCGCAGCUCGACGCGCUCUGCUCAUAUCACGAGAAGGUGGUGGACCACUAUGAAAACCCGAGAAACGUGGGAUCUCUGGACAAAAACUCCAAGAAUGUGGGGACUGGUUUGGUGGGUGCACCAGCCUGUGGUGACGUGAUGAAGCUUCAGAUCCAGGUGGACGACAAUGGCAAAAUCGUGGAUGCAAGAUUUAAGACAUUUGGCUGCGGAUCGGCCAUUGCCUCCAGUUCUCUAGCAACAGAGUGGGUGAAGGGGAAGUCGGUGGACGAAGCUCUGAGGAUCAAGAACACAGACAUUGCCAAAGAACUGUGCCUUCCUCCAGUCAAGCUGCACUGCUCCAGUAAGUUCAAAGGCUGCACAGUAUGGGGUUUAUUUAGACAGAUAUUGAUAUGGUUCACGCUCAGUGGGGGUUAUGAUAGAGAGAUAAAUAGACUUUAUUAA